AUGGAGAAUUCAGCGGCUGAAACGGCGCCGGAGGCGGCGGAGGAGGAGGAUACCGAGGAGUCUACGAGGCGGGCGCUUCACGCUGCCAUCUUUGGCAACGAUUCCGACUCUGACGGCGACGACAAGGAAGGAGAGGAGGAGGGCUUUGUGGUGGACGCGCUGCUCGAGUUCAUGGGCAACGGCAGUGAGGAGGAGGAGGUUGACGAGGAGGAGGAGGAGGUUGACGAGGAGGAGGAGGGGGAGGAGGAGGAGGACCUCCUCGCCGAAGUGGGAGAGGUACCCGUUCCCGCGCGGCAGUUCUCGAGCGCCUCGACGCGGCUCGCGCUGCAGCAGCAGCAGGGCCUGGCGGCACGUCGCGCUCAUGACGGCGAAUCUGCCGCUGCGACUGCGCCCGACGCCGCCGGCUCGCUUAUGUCCGACUUGGCAAGACUGUGGGAGCGAAUGUGCGAUGCAGGACCCGACGCCACACCGCUGCUGGGCGGCGACCUCGAGCUGACGGGCAACGACGCCGAGCCGCCGGUGAGGGCGCACGCGCCGAUCAUUUUCUCGCGAUGCGCUCUGUUGCGGCGGCUGGGCGCGCAUGACGGCAAGGUCGCCGUGCCCACCCUGACCACCGCCGAUGUCGCCAAGCUUGUGCGCGCGUGCUACACGGGCGAAGAGGUCUUCCUGUCUGACGGGGCGGAGGUGGAGGGGGCGCCGGCAUCGGGCGCCGCCAACGUUCGCCGCGACAUCCGCACGCUCUGUCUGCCCCACUUCGAAUUGGUCCGCCUCAAGCUGCGGGGCGCAGAGGUCCCCGACUGCGCGGAGCCGCUCGACGCACCGGCGGCCGCACCUGUCGCCAACCCCUCCAUUCCCUCCCGCCCCUCCGGCUCCACGGAGCUUGCUGCCGAGCCCGAGACCACCGCCGCCGGUGGCGUCACUCCGACCGACUUACUUCUUGAGCCCGAGGCGCCCGCCGCGCCGGUGGCGGUGCACGCGGCGCUGCUGCUCGCGCGCUCGUCGUACUUCCGCUCUCUUGCUUCAGAGGCUUGGGCCUCGAGCGCGGUUGGCUCGAGGCCCACUUCUCUCGGCGCACCCUGCUUCACGCGCGAUGUGAUCCUCGUCUACACGGCAGAGGCGCACGCUUCCGACGAGUGGCCCGUCGGAUCUCACAUUGCGCAGCGCCAGCCGCGCUCCACGCACGAGCGCGUCUCCGUCGCGCGCCGUCGCCUUGCCGAGCUAGGCGUCAACUGGCCCGGCACGCUCGUCGACACUGGGCGCGAGGCCUUCCAAGAGGCUUUCGCCUGCUGGCCCCUCCGCUGGUACUUCCUCGACGGCCACACGGUCACCCACAUCGCGCAGCCGUCGGGCGGCGCGUACGACGUGACCCAGAUCGAGCUGUGGAUCAACCUGCAACUCGAACGCGCCACCAACGCCUAGAGUCGUUGUGUUACCCUUCUGUGCAAGCAUGACGAACGCCGUCAGCAAACCCAGCUCGCUGGGGAACGGCGAUCUGAGAGAGUCACGGAAGGCAAGACCUGUGUUGCUAACUUUUGUUUGUCGCGUGUAAAAAGGUAAAAAGGAACAGGCUUUC